AUGUUUGGAAAGAGGAGUCCCAGCAGUGACGUGGAUGAAGAAGACCAUUAUCAUCAUCAUGUAAUUAGUCCAAAUAAUAGUGAUGAUUAUGAUGAUGUUAAUGAUGAUAAUGAUGUGUUGGAUCAAUAUGCCGACGAUGAUGAUGAAGAUAUAGUACCAAAUCAUAUAUUAGCAGAAGAUUAUACAACUCAAGAGUUAGAAGACAAUGAUGAUAUAUUGAAGGACAUUAGAGUUGAAGAUCUGCGGCUUCUACAACACAAGGAUGGCACACCCUACACAUCAUUGGAAGAGCUCAUCAAAGAUGUACAUGAGGACCCUCAUCACACACUAAAGAUCUCAAUCGGUAUCGACAAAGAGUUACAAUCUCUACCUCUUGGCGUCAUCAGUACAUACCUUGGCCAAGCUGAACAGUUGGUCCACCUACACAGAGUGAUCACAGAGAAUGAUCGUAUAUUGGCAGAGAUAGGUGAUGUGUUCAAGCAGUUUGACGAUGAACUGCAAGCAUUGCUCAAGGACAUGCCAGAUAAUCACAUCACCUCACUUCAGAUAGGCCAAGCACUUGAGAAUAGAAUGAUCGUUCGCGAGUCUAUCUCAAAACUUGUAAAGAAGAUAGUCAUACCUCCAGACUUGAUCAAUGGACUGUUUGAUGACGAGAUGAAUGAAGAAUAUGUACAGAACAUAGAACACCUGGAACGAAUCAUUCAGAACUUGGAUGAGUAUAUGUCAAGCAGUGCGAUGUUUGCUCAGGACAUGGCAUUCGAGAUUGACUUGCUCAAGAAGAAGGCAUCACGAUCGGUUCGUGACUUUAUGAUGAAGUUGGUCAUCAGUCUAAGGAAGCCAAGGACAAAUGUACAAAUCCUCCAACACUCCAAGCUAUUCAAAUACUCCAUACUCAAUCAGUUCAUCUAUAAGUAUGCUCCAACCUUUGCCAAAGAGAUCAAGAACACCUAUGUUGAGACAGUCUCAAGGAUAUUCACAUCAUACUUCAAGAACUAUCUUACAUCAUUGUCCAAAGUAUUUUAUCCAAUUGGUUCAAAGUCUGAUGUAGUUGGAUAUUAUGAUAAUAUUGUGAAGGGAUACUUUGGAUCGACUUCAACAAAGCAAGUGGACACGAAUAAGCCAUCUGCAUUCAAUCUCAAUAUAUCAAACUUGCCCAAUGACAUUUGGACCUCAAUCAGAAGCGAAGUGAUCAAUGAGAUCCCCGAGAAGAUCAAUCAAAACCUACUUCGUCGAUCACACAUCAUCAUUCGUGCCACUGAUGCUCCACUGAUCAUUCCCCAUGUUGCUCUCAAGCACAACAACAAGAGAUAUCCAUUUGAACAGAUAUUCAGAUCAAUGAAUAUACUAUUGUUGGACACUGUUUGUUCAGAGUACAUCUUUGAUCAACAAUGGUUCGCCAAACCAUUGGUCAACAAUAGCGAGUCAUCUGGCAUCAUCAAACCAAUAUUCGAGAGGAUAUUCAAUGCCUUCUAUGAGAACAUUGGAUACUAUGUAACGAAUAGUUUCGAUUGUCUUGGAGUGUUGAUAUCGAUCAAGUUGAAUCAGAUGUUCAUCAACAUGGUGGCUGAACGAAGAUUGGAUAUACCUUGUCUCAAGUCAUACUUUUAUCAAGUGGAUACCAUUCUCUGGGACAAGUUCAGCGAGUUGUUCAAGAGGAAUAUCGACAGUCUCAAGGCUGCACUAACAAACAACAAUGGAACCAUUGACCUUCGUCCACACAUAUACACAAGAAGGUUCUCAGAGUUCUAUGCUAGCGUAUCAGAGGUUGUUGGAUUGGACACCAGUGAUUCGAGGGUCACUGCUUGGAUGGCAGUUCUCAGAUCAUCAAUGGAGCGUGUGUUGGAGCAUCUAGCCAACAACUUCCCAAACAACAAGACCAAGUCAAUGUUCCUAAUCAACAACUAUGAUGUUGUAUUGACUGUUUUGUCCGAGAACAACAUAUCACACAAGGAAGAAGGAUAUGCCAAGUUCAGGUCACUGCUGGAUGAGCAGGUGAUGGUAUUCAUUGAGGAGCAAUUGUACUCUUAUCUCAAACCACUGAUAUCCUUUAUCAAGGAUACGGAAUCCAAGCUACUCAAUCCAACCGCCAACAACCAACCAUUCAUCAUUGACAAGGAUGUAUUGUCCAAUCUGAUCACAGACUUUGGUCAACGCUGGAGGGAUGUUCUACAGAAGAUCCAGAUGGACAUCAUGACCAACUUCUCCAACUUUAAUCAGGGCUCUGACAUCACAAGGAAGUUGAUCACUCAAUUCCUAAUAUAUUACAAACGAUUCGAAGAGAUUCACAAGAAGUCCAAGCAUCAACAGUCAUCAUCCACACAGCAGCCACCGCCAUCAUCCAAUGCCAAGCCAGUGGCAACAUUCAUACCAAUCUCAACCAUCACCUAUGAGAUAUCAAAGAGCUACGCGUCAUUCAGCUAG